AUGCCACGAUCUGAUAGGUCACCUGAAAUUAGGACAAAACCUAGAAAUCAAAACCAUAGAGACGAAGAGGACACUCACUCGCUCGGCGAAGAAGACGAUUUCUGCUCGCUCUCGCUGAAGAAGAGGGUUGGUGUUCGCUCGCUCUCGCCGAAGACGACGAUCGGUGCUUGCUCACUCAAGACGAUGGUUCCAAAGUACUAA